GAUAUUUUAAAAACCAAAACUCCUAUACCAGAUAAUUUUCUCAAAUUAGAAAGCGAAACAGGAAAUUAUUGCGAUAUCCCCCAUACCAUUAUGAAAGAAUUAGAUUUACCGCUCGGUGAGGAUAUUCCUUAUCCCGUUUAUAUUUCCCCUUCCGUAAUCAAUAGAGCCCCUACUUUUGGAGGCAUAACUAUUGAAAACAAGAAAGAAAUAAUUAUCGAUAAACCUUUUAGUAAAGAUCAAGAAUGUCAAACUAAUUUAACCGAAGCCAAAGGCAACCAGAACCAAGAAUUACAAGACCAAAUAACUACUUUGAUAUUAAAUAAUCGACAAACAGAAAUAAGGCGUUUAAAUAACGCUUUACAAACUGCCCAACAAGAAAAAGAGAAAGUUGAGCGAGAUUUAAAAAGCAAUCUACUCGGACUUUUAUUCAAAAAUAAGCAAAAGAAUAAAAGAAUUAGUGAAUUAAACAGCAGUUUAUCUUUUUUGAGAGGACUAUUGGCGGACAAAAACCAGGAAGCAAAUGAUUUAGAACAGCGAUUAAUCGCGACCGAUACUUUAAUCACUAAUACUCAAAAUCUCUUGGGAAUAGAUGAUUUGAAUAAUUUGCCAGUCUUACCAGAGGGGGAAACAUUAAUUACUUUAAUAGCCCGACCAACCCAAGCACAAUUACAGGACAAGCAAAAUGAAGUAGGUCGAAAAAAUGAUGAGAUAACUGAACUUAACAGGACAAUAAAAAAGUUAGAGGAUGAAAAGAAAGUAUUAAAAGAUGAGUUAGAUAUAGAAAAAGCAAUCAUGGCAGAAAAUAUAACUUUGGAACAAAAAGAGGAAAACCGACAAUAUAUCCUUGAUAACUUGGAUAAAUAUACUAUUGAUGCUAAUGGAGAUUUUUUUAACGUUGACCCUGAAGUUUUAGGGGAAGAAUAUGAUUACAUUAAAUUAAUUCUUUUUGAUACCGAAAAUGCUUAUCCAAACUUUUUUAAAAACAAAGAAACUG